AUGAAGGGAAAAAGAAAAGGAUGCAAAAAGAAGAACAGUUCGAAUCAACCAAUGGUGUUCAUGGAUGAAGCCGAAAAAACCAUUUAUGGGCAGGUAAUCUGUGCGUUGGGGUCUUCCCGAUUUGAUGUGCUGUGCAUUGACGCAAUAACUAGAAAGUGCGUUCUCAGAGGAAGUAUGCACAAGUCUGUCUGGGUGCAGCAGAACGACAUUGUCUUGGUAUCACUCGCAGAUGACCAAAAAGACACUGGUUACAUCUGUAAAAAGUAUUUCCCAUCUGAGAUAAAAAUACUCAGAGAGAAUAACCUGAUUCCAGAGAACUUUAAGCAGGAGGCAGAGGAUAACCAGGCUGAGUUCCAAUUUGAAAGAAUAUAAUUGGUCUAUUAAAAUAAAGAA